GAAAAGCAAAAUAAAUCUUUCUAAAAUUCUCCCUCCUUUAUUUCUCCCUCAUACUUACGCCGCCACCUGAAUCUCUACCGCCGGAAUCCCCCGCCGCCGCCGGCCAAUCAGGUCAAGAGAACGGACCGUAGGUAUACUUUAGAAUUCAUUUAGCAUAUUUGCAAAUUCAGUGUAGUGUUCUCUGCCAUGGGAGCUCCGAAACGACAGCGUAGCCCCAAGGACGAGGAGAAACUCACUGCCAAACAGAGGAAAACUGGUAAACAUGGAGUGCCUGCAAAAAAGUUGCAUGAUAAGGUGGAGCAGCGAGUAGAUGAACAUUCAGAGGGCGAAGAAGCAGAAUUAGUUGCCAACACAAACACAAAGCUGACAGUAUACGACAGUUUAUUGAAAAAAUUGGGUACACAGAAUGUUUCUGUUGCAGACGCAAUCAGAAGAAGGCAACGAGAAGAGCAAGGGGAAAGUGAUGAAGAUGAAGAUGAUGAAGAAGACGACAGUGAUCCAGAAUCCAUUGACGAGCUGGAAGAAAAUGUUGAUGAUGAUGGUGAAGACGACGAUGGCGACGCUGAUGAUGGUAUCUAGAUGGACAGGCGCGUUUCUAUCGGCAGACAUUAAUUUUAGGCUCUCAUACAAAUCCAGAAAUGAAUGCCUUGUUUAAUCAGCAUUGCCUUAACUACUGAGGAAAGGUGAAAUUGGAGUGCACAUAUCACUAGCGUCUAGGUGUGAACUGAAAAACGAAAAAUUCAGCAGUUACCCUGUUAUGUGGAAUUGGGUGCCCAGUUCGUAUUCCACAUGGUGCUCAAUCGAUGCCCAUGUGCUCAUUCAACAAAUGCAUAAAUUUUCGUGCUCAAUUGAAUUUAUCUAUGAGCAUUUUGAUAUAGAAUCAAUAGUUGAAGCUGACAAUGCCCGCCUGAAAUAUUUCUCUGAUAAGGGAUGGGAAAAGCUGACAGUGAUAAAUAUUUUUUUGCGGAUCUUCCCAAAGAUAAAAGAUUCUGUUCAGGAUGGUGUGAUGAUUUUUGCAAGCUCCUACUUCGAGUACGUCCGGCUCAGGAAUUAUUUGAAAUCUCAGUCUGCUUCGGUCUGCUUGUUUGGAGAGUAUAUAAAACGAAAUGAGAUAUCUCACGUCAGGGGUGAGUUUUUCAGAGGAGAAAAGAAAAUUAUGCUCUACACUGAGAGAGCCCACUUCUAUUACAGAUACAAGAUUUGUGGAGUGAAGAAUUUGAUAAUCUACUCCUUGCCAGAUAGAGAAGAAUUCUACCCACAGUACUUAGUUGUGCAGAUUAUUAACUUUCUGGAAGAGUCCGACAACAUGAAUUGCAGAGUGCUGUUUUCUCGUUUGGAUAAUCUCCGGCUCGAGAGAAUAGAUGGUUCUACUGCUGCGAAAAGGAAGAUCAAUUCAGAUAAAGGGGUAUUCGUUUUCGCUUAGAAUUUAUUGCAAGAUGCAGAAAUCAUUUAACCUCAUCUUCACGAUUUUGUGCUAUUCAAGAAGUAUUUAUCGCCCGCGUGUUUGAUAGUUGUAUCACCAAUGACUUCGAGCAUCGUUGAAGUUUUCAACUUCGUGUUUGCUCAAUUUUGGGACUCACAUGUAACCAUUUUGUAACUCUUACUCUCAGAAUUCGAAUAAUCUUGUGUUUGUAACUUAUAUGCAAUUCUGAACGUUUAGUUCCCACAUCAUUUUGCUUA